GCCAGGGGGCGUGGCUUCGACGAUCUCCUCAGAAGGGAGGAGAUCCUCUGGUUGAGGGGGAGUCCUGGUCCUGGAGAGGAGCUUGUGAGUCAUGGCUGCUUCCCGAGCCGCUGAGACCCACCAGGAUGUUCAGAACUACUAUGGGAAUGUACUGAAGAAAUCUGCAGACCUCCAGACUAAUGCUUGUGUCACACCAGCCAAACUGGUCCCCAAGUACAUCCGGGAAAGCCUGCAGAAUCUGCAUGAAGAAGUUACUUCGAGAUAUUAUGGCUGCGGUCUGGUUGUUCCCGAGCGGCUGGAAAACUGCCGGAUUUUAGACCUGGGUAGUGGGAGUGGCAGGGAUUGCUAUCUGCUUAGCCAGCUGGUUGGCGAGAAAGGACAUGUCACUGGGAUAGACAUGACGAAGGUCCAGGUGGAAGUGGCUCAAACCUAUCUUGAGUACCACAUGAGGAAGUUCGGUUUCCAGACACCCAACGUGACUUUUCUUCAUGGCUGCAUUGAGAAGUUGGCAGAGGCUGGGAUCCAGAAUGACAGCUAUGACAUCGUCAUAUCCAAUUGCGUUAUCAACCUUGUUCCUGAUAAACAGCAAGUCCUUCGGGAGGUCUAUCAGGUGCUGAAGAUGUGCACUGCUCUCUUUCAGCACGGUGGGGAGCUCUAUUUCAGUGACGUCUAUGCUAGCCUUGAAGUACCAGAAGACAUCAAGUCGCACAAAGUUUUGUGGGGGGAAUGCCUGGGCGGUGCUCUGUACUGGAAGGACCUUGCCACCAUUGCCCAAAAAAUUGGGUUCAGCCCUCCGCGUUUGGUCGCUGCCAAUAUCAUUACGGUUGAAAACAAGGAACUAGAAAGGGUUCUUGGUGACUGCCGCUUUGUGUCUGCCACAUACCGCCUCUUCAAACUCCCGAAGACAGAGCCAGCCAAAAGAUGCCGAGUCGCUUACAAAGGAGGAAUCUCGGGGCACGAAAAGGAACUAAUCUUUGAUGUAAAUUUUACAUUCAAGGAAGGUGAAGCUGUUGAAGUGGAUGAGGAGAUGGCAGCCGUGCUGAAGAACUCGCGUUUUGCUCAGGAUUUCCUCUUCACACCUGUUGAAGCCUGUUCUGCUUUAGAAACAAAGGUUCUAAUCAGAGACCCAUUCAGGCUCGCAGAGGAGUCUGACAAGAUGAAGCCCAGACAAGCACCGGAAGGCGCUGGAAGCUGCUGUGGCAAAAGGGAAAACUGCUAGAUCUAUAAGGCCAGCGCGGAGCCCGCCCACCGGGCAGGAGAGGGUGGAUGAAGAACGGUCACAAGGGCCUGCUCUUCACCAGUGCACAGAUUAUGAGAAGGUGGUAACGCCACCACAAUCUAGACCACUGCUAAGAGUGAUUUUUAUAGUGUUAACCUAUGAGUCACAGCAAAUCGCCUGCUUUUCUAUUUCACUAUUUCAGAGUUCUGGUGCCACCUAGUGGUCAGAAGUAGAACUUGGACGCCUAAGGUUUAAGGGCUAAAGGCAUCGAUGUUGCGAGAAUAUCUUCUGUCUGGCCUGCCACAAGACACUGCGGGGGGUGGGGGGGUGUUUCUCUGUGACUACUCAGGAAACACAGUACUUACUAAAUUUAUCCUAACUAUGACAAAAGAUUGUCAACUCAAAUUUUAUAGGAGUACUCUUUAGGUCACUGUCUUCAAACUUUUUUCCCCUAGAAUUGAAUGAAAAAGAAAACAAAUGAAAAAUAAAUUUGACUUCAGUCUACCCUGAUAAUUGA